AUGGACACGAAAUCAGAGAAAUCAGCGAAAAAGUUUUCAUUUCGUAAGCGACGAAGUAGCAAGGGGAAAAAGGAAGGCGAAUUGCAACCUGUUGAUCUCGAAACGGAGCAGCAGGCUACGGUAGCGACUCAGAAUUGCGACGACACGCCGGAGAAAGCUAGCGGUAUUGUUGAACAAGAGUUCAUUCAAACGCCAACGAAUACAGUCGAAGAUAAUAAAGCGACAGAAUCCUCCGGCGAAGAUCCUGGCCAGAAAUCUACCGGUGAGUCGGCUAGCGGUGGAAAGAAGAAGUCUAAACGCAGAAGUCUUUUUAAGCGGAAUAGCAAGAAAAGUUCGGUUGAUGAGAGCUGUGAACUUCGCGUGAAAGAAAGCGAGAAUACGGGAGAAAAAAGCGAGGAACAGAAAGAUGAAAGCGGGGAAGGGAGUGUUGUUGCGUCCACAGUCGAGAAUGUGAUGUCAAGUGUGGAGCAAGGACAGGUUGUUUGCGAGAAGAAGCAAGGUGAGAUCACGGAGCAAAGUGAUGGAGAGGGGUACUUGAGUGUGGGGGAAGCUAGCGAGGCGGAGGGGGAAGCCUUAUUCGACGGAGGUAAGGGGUCGUCGCCUGAAUCCGUGAUAGUCGAAGGAGACAAAGGAACGAAGCGAAAGAGCUUCUUCAAACGUGGAUUGUCAUUGAAGCGUAGAAAGUCGAAAAAACAAACAAGCGAGUCGAAGGAAGAUAGCGUCACUACGGAACAACCGAGUAACGACGAAACACAAACCGAGGCUACAUUGGAAAGCUCUGGAGCUGCUGCUGACAUUAAUGACCAAAAUGCAGUCAAAGCGCUUACGGAAAACAGCGAAGGAACUGAGGAUAUUAACAAUGAAUCAAAAACCGCCUCAGAUAAUAUGUCUAGUGCUAUGGCUAAACAACUCCCCGUUAAACCGGCACGGAAAGUUUCGUUUAUCGGACCUGAUGGAACGAGACUGGAUUCUUCCGACGAGGGGGAUUCCCCAACCGAGCUACCUGUGGAGACUGGUGACGAGUCCGACGAGGAUACGAUAACUGGCGAGGAUGGUCCGAGUGAAGUGCCAGAGAAAGUUUCGGAAAUUGUCGCACCGGAAGUGGUGGUGAUGGCGGAGAAUACGGAAUGUUCCGAAUCUUUUCCGGAAGGUGAGAAUAAAUUAACUUUAUUUAUACUGGAUAAUGUACGUCCAUGAGGUACAGAAAGGGUCCUCUCUCAUUGAUCCAGUGUUACUACAGGAGGAAACCUAAACUAAAUUAAAUUUAUUUAUACUGGAUAACUCUAUCAGUUCUAAACUGUUCUCCCUAGAGGUCCAGUAAGGAUCAUCUCUUAUUGAUCCAGUGUUACUACAGGAGGAAACCUAAACUAAACUAACUUUAUUUAUGCUGGACAGCUCUAGAGCUAGGUUCAGUAAGGAUCAUCUCUUAUUGAUCCAAUGUUACUACAGGGGGAAACCUAAACUAACUUUGUUUAUAUAUCCAGUAUAAACAAAGUUAGUUUAGUUUAGGUUUCCUCCUGUAGUAACACUGCAUGGAACAAUAAGAGAUGAUCAUUACUGGACCUCUAGGGAGAACAGUUUAGAACUGAUAGACUAUCAGUUCUAAACUGUUCUCCCUAGAGGUCCAGUAAUGAUAAUCUCUUAUUGUAAUUGUUCCAGUGUUACUACAGGAGGAAACCUAAACUAAACUAACUUUGUUUAUACUGGAUAGCUCUAUCAGUUCUAAACUGUUUUCCCUAGAGAUCCAGUAAUAAUCAUCUUUUAUUGAUCCAGGGUUACUACAGGAGGAAACCUAAACUAAACUAAUUUUUUUUAUACUGGAUAGCUCUAUCAAUUUCCUUGGAAGUCCAGUAAGGUCAUCUCUUACUGGCCCAGUGUUACUACAUGACUAACUUUAUUUAUUAAUUAUUUCUAUCAUUAAGGUGAUGAUGAUGAUCUUACAGAAGUAUCUAGCCUUGCGUCUGACUUACUCACUUCAUCCGACGCUCCAGACACAAUUUCAACAUCCGACACGAGCAGAUUGUUUACUCUCACCGACACGGACGACAACGGAUCAAGAAUUACAUUGGAGGAAAUCAGCGAAGAGUCGGAGGCCGAGCCUAAGAUGGAAAUCAUUGGAAAUGUUCCUGAGGGGGAAACAGAGUCUAAUGUAGGGGAGGAGUCUGGGACCCAAUCAAAACCGGAAGUGGCAGGUGAAGAGAUUGCAUCAGAGGGGACUGAGUCAAAACAGGAAGUCAUUGGAACAGGAUUCGAAUCUAGACCAGAAGCAUCUGAAAAGGGGGAUGAAAACAAGUUUGAAAAUGAGGCUACAAGGUUGCUAGGCGAUGGUGAUGCAAGCAAAAUUGGUGAGUGGGAAAUGGUGAAUAAGUCGCAUGAUAUGUCGGUUGAAUUAUCUCGAGUGCGAAAGCAAACAUUGUUCGGUGUCAAGAGAUUGUGUUGUUCUGUCAUGUAA